AUGUUUGUAGCCCAUCCAAACUAUGUGGUUGAUUGGAUGAACUAUGCCAUUACCAUGGAAAGAUUCGGAAAAGGACCAAACAAAAGGGAGAUUCGAGAGCUUGUCCAACACACCAGAUCGCAAACUUCGUCUUCAACGGACCUGAAAACUCCUCCAUCAGUCGUGUGCAUUGACAUGCGCAAUGCCACUCUCCUCACCACGAGCUGCGAUGACAAGGAAAACAAGAUCAACGGAUCAGACCCCAGAGUAUUGAAUGGUACGAUAGGAGUUGUUUUCGCCAUUUCCCCUCCGUCUGGACCAGUGGCCUCCAUUUCCGUCAGACUGGAGAACUGCAACGAAGAUUGA